AGUUCUCUCAAUUUUGGGUCGGUGAAGAAGAAGGGCCGACACAGGCAGGCCUCAGCUCUACCCUCCGCCGUAAGGGCUCGUCCAAACAUGGCUUUCUUCACCGUUGUUCUGGCGAUGGUGCUGGCAGUCUCUCUGAGGUGGCCAGAUGUACAGGCCCAAGAAUGCACGUCCCUUGAGGAAUUAAAAUCGGAGUUUGACCAACUGUCCUAUAGGGUGACAAGGCUUUCAGAACAACUGAAGAGCUACAGGACAGCCUUAAUAAAACUGAAGGAAACCGAAUUGAGCAUUGACGGCUUGACAAACAUGGUGAACAACCUCAAUGACGGACUGCAGGAGAUUCAAGAGGCGUUUUCGGUCAUCGAAGAGGACUUUGGGACGGUGAAUGCCUCUCUGACUCAGCUCCGGACCCAACUGUCUGACGUAGAAUCCGACUGCACGGCUGAAAUCGAACUGCUACAGGAGCAACAACAAGAACUUCAAGAUCUUCUUCGAGAGUCCAUGGAUGAAUUUGAAUACCAGCUGAAUGACCAAAAGGAACACUUCAAUGCCACGCUUGAGAGCCAAAAGCAGGAGCAAACCGAUGCACAAAAUGCCCUUCUGGAAGAGUUUCAGGAGCUAAACGCUGCUAGCGAAGAGCGUGAAGAGCAAGCAAAGGAACAGUUGGAGCAAGUUAUCGCCAGUACGCGGGAGGCGCUUGAUGAUACCACUCAAGAGACUCACGUGACGGCUCUCGAGGCGCUCAUCGACCGUCUAGAGGCACAGAUUCAAGACCUGAGUCGACAGAUGACCAAUCAUGAAACAGGGAUGCAGUCCAUCGAGCAGUCUGUUCAAACCAAAACACAGGAGAUCGAAGCACUGGACAACCGCCUUCAGGAACAGCAGCAAGACCAAACUUCAGUACAAGGCAACCUCGAGACUAUACAAACUAACGUUGCAUCCCUCGACUCGGAUACACAAAAUUUACAAGAGCAACGCGCGGAGACAGCUGGUCAGCUUGAGACCCGAGGGUCUCAAAUCGAUGAAGAAGUACAAGAGAGUGAGGCCAUGCAGGCGGCAUUAAACGAUCUUGAAGACACCUUCCGUCAAGACAACGAAACAGCGGAGCGACGACUGAGUCAAGCCGAAGCGAGGGUAGACGCUUUAGAGGCGGACGGAGCGAGUGUUCGGGAAUGGUUCAACACGAUUGUGUCUACUGUCCAAACACUGAGCGGCAGCGUCACCACCGUAGAGCUACAAGUAGACCAACAAUAUUCGUCACUACAGACCAUACAAGAAGACGUUGCAAAUCAAGCUGAAGAAGUGCAGAACAUCGACAACUCUCUCCAGCAGGCGGUACAACGACAGGGGCAACUGCAACAGUCCUACGAAGGCCUGCAACAUGAGGUAGAACAACAAGGGGACAGAACAGAGGAACGUAUGCGGACCAUCGAAACUGAACUAAACGCCCAGGGAAGUUCAGGGGGAGAUGUUUCGGAGGGUUUGGAGGCUUUGCAGGCUACAGUGGCAGGACUGCAAACUAGCCUGUCGGAGGUGACCGACCUGGGAACUGAUUACAUGGCAGAGAUACAAACCACACAGGAGACGAUAGACAGUUUCAAUCAGCGCCUCCAAGACGUGGAGGCGGCAGUUGAAGGAGUCGACGCUCAGGCGCUACGACAACAGAUAGAAGACAACGAAGCCACGUCAGCUACACGUUUUGGAACGGUCGAAGCAACUAUUGCUACCAUCGACACCUCUCUAGCAGCAGCUCAGUCGGACAUAGCGCAGCUCGAAGCAACCGCCGGUUCUGUGAGUGGUCUGUCCGGUCAGAUCUCCCAGCUCAACACACAGGCGCAAUCCAACACCCAAACACUGACCACCACCCAGGCAAGCAUUCAGGCACUCCAAAACCAAUACCAAACCCUCUCGGAGGAUUCAGACGUGUUUGAGUCGGUAGUCGAGGUGCUAGGGACACGCUACCAGGGAGUGCUGACACAGUUGGGUGACGUGGCCGACACCCAGAACAUUGCCGACGUACGUGAUCGACUUGUGGCAUUGGAUACAGAAGUGGACGGACUGGAGGCAGAUGUACAAGCCAUGCGAAGUGAUUCCACAACCUUCCAAACCAGCCUACGGAACGACGUUAACCAGCUCACCACUACCGUGCAAGGCCAUGAAGUGACGAUCAACGAACUGGAAAAUGCCGAUGAUCUGAGCACAACGGUUGCCACUCUGCAAACCGACGUCGACGGGCUCACUUCCACCCGGUCUUCCCUCUCCUCACGGAUCACCAGCGCACAGAGUACCGCUUCCAACAAGAACAACAUCGUUUGUGAAACAGGUGAGCAUCAACUCGGCUAUACCAGGGGAGGGAGCACCACUCGGCGCUUCUAUUUCGCAAAUUCAUUCACAGAGAAUCCAACCGUCACAGCCGGCUUCAAAGUUAUUGACUCAGCCCACAACACAAACAACAGGGCGGAAGUAGUACCACGAGAUAUAAGCAGAGGUUCAGUCGAGUUGUAUAUUCGCACUUGGUCCGACACUGAGGUAUGGACACUGAAAGCCCAGUGGCUUGCCUGUGGCAAGAUGGUGAGAGUCAGAAGAGAGACGGCAUCUCGACCAGAUAACACCAUGUUGGCAUCAGUGUGCUUCCUGGUGCUUCUGGUCAUUUGCACCGGACCACAAGAUGUAGCCUCCAAGGCACCAAAAGGAUCAGUAGACAGAAAGGCAUUUGUAAACUUGGCAGGAACUUUGAAGAAGCUGGACACUGUCGUUGGAGGUCUCGAGAGGCAACACGCGACUUAUCAACAGGCAUGGUCAAAACUAAAGGCUAUGGAAGCCGGUGUCACAACACAAGAGCACACGAUGAAAAGGAUACGGAACGGCCUCGGCACCCUAGGGCCUCAGGUGGUCACCCUGGGGGCAUCCAUUGACAACUUGAACGUCAGCUUGACACGAGAAAAGGAAAGCCUGGACCGUCUGGACGAAGAAGUGAACGACGGACUGCGCGAAACGAAAGAGGAUCUCGGCACAGAUGCGCGCAACGUUGAGGAACAACUCGGAGAAAUCAACCAAGGUAUUGACGACCAGAAGCGAAGGUUCCCUCAGUUGCUACGCCAGGAAGCGGAGCGGCAGUCUGAAGUUAGAGACGACUUCCGACAGCAACUUGGGGGGUACCAAGACGCGAGGCAAGAAACACAGACGGAGAUAGAAGGACUUAUCGAAACAGUCAACUCGCUAGUUGCCGCCCUGAGGUCGAAGGACGAGGCGUUGGACGCCCGCGUGGCAGCGCUACAAACCCGGGUCCGGGCAAUGACUCAGGACGUUGCUGGUCUCGGUGAGCAACUUUCGGGGCUGCGUUUACAACUGGAGACACAAGAAACCACCCUAAGCGUAGAAGGGGAAAAUCUCGUGACCGCCGGUAACACCCUCGAAAAUCAGGUGCAGCGGUUUGGUCAGAUUCAAGAUCUCUUGGAGACCAUUCAAGCAACGGUCGAGGCGCUCAACGUCAGAAAGCGGCAGCUACAAGAUCAAACAGCGAACAUCAAUACAGAAAUCCAAGAUCAACAAUCUCGCCUGGACAACCAUGACCAACAACAGCAUUCAAUUGUGCAACAAGUGGAAGAUCUCGGUGACAACUAUGAGCAGCAGAGCAAUGCUAAAGACCUGCGCUUGGGUGAUGUUGAAGCUGCGCUGGACGCUUUGUCUGCAGAUACAGAAGUCGCUGACUUGGUGACAGAUGUAGAGUCCACCGUGCAAGACCUACAGGCCAACAUGACUAGAGUGAACUCCAAGGUUGAGCAAAAUGAAAAUCUGAACCGUGAUAUCACACAGCCACUCCUCCGCCAAGGUGCCCCACUCGAGGGAGCGAAUAAUGCCCUACAAGAGCACAUGCAGGCACUGGAAGCAUUUGACCAACACAUACAAUCAUAUGGGACCAGCUACCAAGAGCAAAUGUCAACUGAAGAAGCUCGCAUAGAGACAAUAGAAACACAAGUGAACACUUUCGAUUCCGGCCUUUCAGCGCUUCUCGAUGCUCUACAGAAUACUGUUGACGGCCUCCACAACAAACGUGGAAGGCGCUGAAGAACAGUUUUCCCAGUACACGAGCCC